AUGACUCGUCCCGUCUCAGAAGAUCCACAGACCGGAGGGAGAACUCGGCUGAUCCUGUUCUCCCUGCUCUGCUGGGUCUCAGCCUCAAAGGCCUGCCUGCAGUGUGACCGCACCAUCCUCCUCAUGCACGAGGACUUUGUGUUGUCUGCUCCCACUGUUAAAGAUCAAAUUGAGUUGAAAAAGAUUUGUGACCAUGCCUAUGUGACCUAUAAAGAAACCAGCCAAAAUCGCAAGGGGGUCAUUGAUCCGACUACUCUGUACAGAGUCAAAACUGAGUACCAGAGUGAAUUUGCCCGCUUCUUGAAAAUGAAACUCACUGGCUCUUUGGCAUUUGAAACCAUUCAGAUCAUGGAAAAAGGCAGGAAGAUAUUGGAGAAACAUUUGGACAUAUUCAUCCCUGAUGAACUGUGCCCCAACAAGUGUGGACUUCUAAACAGAAGAGUAAUGGAUUGCCUUUCAUGCCAGUACAAAGUGUACACUUGUCCCUCUCCGUCAGACCAGCAGAACUGUGGUGAGUACCUAGUGCAUGCCGAGGAGGGAGGUCAGGCAGUGCUGGAUUGUUUUCUUCCAUGGCAUCGCUUUCUGUUAGGUAAACCAGAGUACUACUACUCCUGGGCCCCAGGAGCACCAGGAUCCAAACAGGUAGAUAAAAGUGACUUCAUGGGCAUAGUGGUGACACAUGACUCAUCUGUGGUCUUGAAUCAGCUACAUGUGGAUGAACAAGGAACCUAUCGCUGCUUACUGAAAGACCAAAACGGAACUGUCUUCUAUGGAGUCACUUUCCUACUCACGGUUGCCCCUUUGCCACUCCAGACUCACCAGUCCGUUGUCACUCUGCCCUCGCUGCCCCGUGGAGACUACCACUCACCUUUCCAACCUACAGAGGACGUGUUGGUGCCAAUCAUCGCCAUGGUUACUGCUCUGUGUCUGAUAGGGAGCGUAGGCCUCACAGUUGUCCUGGGUGGGAUGUUGAAAUGGCAGAGAGCUGUAACAACGCUGAGGAGGAAGAGGAAGGGGGAAAAAAGCACAGAGAGCACCGUGUGA